AUGAGUAAUGCAUCUCAAGUUGUUGCUGUUUUAAAAAGAACAAGGGCCAAAUAUGUGGAAUCAGCAAAAUCUGAUAUUGUAACAGCACUCAACAUUUUCCCUGAUCUUUCGCCGGACGCCGAAACCUUCACAUUUCCUGAUGGAACCCGAAAUUUAACGUUCCGAUUAAAAGGAACGAUACCAGUUCUGUAUAAGGGUAAUACGUACAACAUCCCGGUUGCGUUAUAUUUAUGGGAUACUCAUCCAUAUUAUGCGCCGAUCUGCUAUGUAUGUCCAACAUCGAAUAUGAUGGUGAAAGAAUCACAAACUGUCGAUAAACAAGGCCGAAUUUAUUUACCAUAUUUGACGGACUGGCGUUUUCCUGGAUAUGACCUCAGUGGAUUGCUUCAGGUCAUGUCACUAUGUUUCCGUGAAACAUGCCCAGUGUUCGCGAAGCCAGCCGGAAGCAAUGCCUCACGUGUAUCAGCAACCACAAACGUAGGUGGUGGUUCAUCGAGUAGUCAGCAGUCCUCUCCGUACACACCAUAUCCGACAUCGCAGUCUGUUGGAAUGCCACCCUAUCCACUGAGUACACCUCAGCCGGGUGCUGGACAGUAUUCUGCAGGCGCAUACCAACCACCCUAUCCAAAUGCGUAUCCCUCAUUUCCUAAUCCAAUGCCCGCUCAACAACCCGCAAGUGUUGCCGGUGGAGGAGGAGGAUCAUUAUCGAAUGUUACAAGUGCUAGCCAAGCAUCAGUUGGUACCAUACAACCGGAACAUUUAAAGGCGUCAUUGUUGAGUGCAAUUGAGGAUAUAGUCAAGCAGAGGCUUCGUGAAAAAUUAGGUACAGUCCACGCUGAGUUAGCGUCCAUUAGGCAAACCCAUUCGGAUUUACGCAGCGGUCAACAAAAGUUGAAGAGUAUUGCUGAUGAAUUGAGCAGAGAACAAAAACAAAUCGAUGAAUCAUUGCUCAUUUAUCGCGAGAAAAAAGAAGAAUUGCAAUCAAUAAUUACGUCGCAUCCAGAAGAUGUAAGUGUCGAUAUUGACUCGUUGAUCGAUGCGUGUACGCCAUUGCAUAAGCAGCUCCUGCGUUGCUAUGUGCACGAUUGUGCGAUUGAUGAUACGAUUUACUUCUUGGGUCAAGCGCUUAAACAAGGAACAAUGACUUUGCCAAACUAUUUGAAAGAGGUUCGUCAACUGUCCAGUAAGCAGUUCAUCUAUAGAGCAACGCUUCAAAAGUGUCGUCUCAAAGCGAAACUUCCCACUUAA